CCCGCUCUCUCUUCCACCUCUACCCCAACUCUAUCGUUACUCUCGACCAGGAGGUCAUUCAUCCUCAUUUAGCAUUGCUUUAUUCUUCCUCAAUAAAUAUGGCUUCCUCGGUCUUACCGGUUGCCCUGCAGAGCAAAUUAUUGGGGUAUAGCAGGGCCUCGACUUCGCCGCUCACGGCCUUGAACUUGGACCUGAUCCGAAAUAUCGUCUUUAUCCUUUUCCUGUUUCGCUAUAUCCGGAAGACGUUUUACUCGGUACGCGGCUACGGCAUCUUUGGCAGCAUCCGCAAUGUCUACGCUUCUCUCCGUCUCUUCUUCUAUUCGAUUUUCUUGCGAACCCCGGGCGUACGGGGUCAGGUCGACAAGCAGGUCUCGACGGCGAUUGAGAGCCUCGAAUCCAAGCUCAUCCCUAAUGGUCCUGGCAUCACGAGAUUCUUAACUCUUCCGAAAGAGGGCAUGACGCCCGAACAAGUUCGUGCGGAGCUCGACAAGUUGGCAAACAUGGAGCACACUCGUUGGGAAGAUGGUCGGGUUAGUGGUGCCGUGUAUCACGGUGGACAGGAUCUUUUGAAGCUUCAGGCCGAGGCCUUUGGUCAGUUUGGUGUUGCCAACCCCAUCCAUCCGGACGUCUUCCCGGGUGUUCGUAAGAUGGAGGCUGAAGUUGUUGCUAUGGUUCUUGCAUUGUUCAAUUCUCCCUCGGAUGGUGCUGGUGUAACUACCAGUGGUGGUACAGAAUCCAUUCUCAUGGCUUGCUUGGCAGCCCGUCAAAAGGCAUCCACCGAGCGUGGAGUAACGGAGCCGGAAAUGAUUAUUCCCGAUACUGCUCAUGCUGCAUUCAUCAAGGCAUCUAACUACUUUGGAAUCAAGCUUCACCGGGUUCCUUGCCCGGCUCCAGAAUAUAAGGCUGAUAUUGCUGCCAUGCGCCGGCUGAUUAACCCCAACACUGUUCUGCUUGUUGGAUCCGCACCUAACUUCCCUCAUGGUAUUGUCGAUGAUAUCCCAGCCCUGUCUCGUCUUGCAACAUUGCACAAGAUUCCUCUUCACGUUGACUGCUGCUUGGGAUCAUUUGUGAUCGCCUUCCUCAAGAAAGCUGGCUUCCCGUCCCCAUACGAAGAGGAGGGAGGAUUCGAUUUCCGCCAGCCAGGUGUGACUAGCAUCAGUGUGGACACUCAUAAGUAUGGCUUUGCCCCAAAGGGAAACUCUGUGCUGCUGUAUAGAAACCGCGCAUACCGCAGCCACCAGUACUUUAUUUACCCCGAUUGGUCCGGUGGUGUGUACGCAUCGCCGUCUGUGGCAGGAUCUCGCCCUGGCGCCCUGAUUGCUGGCUGCUGGACUAGUUUGAUGAGCGUUGGCGAAUCCGGCUAUAUCAAGAGCUGCCUUGACAUUGUUGGAGCCGCCAAGAAGUUCGAGGCCUCUAUCAAUGAGCAAUCGAUUCUGUCGCAAAACCUCGAAGUUGUUGGAAAGCCGAUGGUCAGCGUUGUGUCUUUCCGUAGCAAGAAUGGCGGUGUCGACAUUUACGACAUUGCCGACGAUUUGUCCUCUAAGGGAUGGCAUCUUAACGCCCUUCAGUCGCCUGCUGCCAUGCACGUGGCCUUCACUGUUCCCACAGCAGCUGCAGUUGAUAAGCUGACCACUGACUUGAUUGAGGUUGUUGAGAAGCAGCUGGAGAAGGCUGAAGAAAGGAAGAGACAAGGUAAAUCAUAUGUUAUCAAACGCGGUGAUACAUCGGCUCUGUAUGGUGUGGCCGGUAGCAUCCCAGACAAGAGCAUUGUCAACCGCCUUGCGGAAGGCUUCCUCGACACUCUUUAUAAAACCUAAGAAGCUUGCAUUUUGAGAGAAUUGUACAUGGACUCUUUUUGCAAAAAACUUUCAUCCUGGAUAAUCAAAUAUCCCCAUACAAGAGGGAUAACGAUUAGAAAGUUUCAUAAUUGGCGUUUAUGGGUAUACAGCUGGUUUGCAUUUUUAUCGACUCCACCCUGUGAAUAGGAGUAUCUAUUGUUAUUAAUAUCAAUAAGACAGAACAAUGUCAAAGAUCCGAAUCGUUUCAAAGCUGGU